CCCAACCCACAUCCUGCCUCUUCCCAUCUGCAGUGGAGGGCAGACCAAGGCAACAUCCUGGUACCAGACUAGAGAGAUUAUCCCAGCCGCCAUGGGACUGGUGCCUUCGGAUUUAACCAGCUUGAGGCAGCAAAACUCAGGGUUCUGUGAGCACAGGCGGAGCACUGUGGUGCUGAAUUUGCCUGGACUUGAGGUGUUCCCCGGGGACCUUCUGGUGUCUGAUGGAGCUGCUGAUUAUCUGUGCCACCCACUGCUGCUGCUGAAUCCAGAAUCCAAAAAACCAAGAUGGCCUUUCUCCAAGAGAGGAGUGCAGAGCAAAGACAGACACAAGCACAUAUCCGACCUGGAAGGCUGCCUGUCUUCUCUGAGGAUUUCAGACUUCACAGGCUACGAGUUCUACAGCUUUAAGGAUAAGACCUGGAGUGACGUCAUGGGAAUCCAUCAGAAAUUGCCUACUGAUGAGUUAGACUUGAGAAAACAGCAAGAGGCCGUGUGGGAACUUUUCACCAGUGAAUGCACUUAUUUCUUGGACCAAUUAUUAGUUCUUAAAAUGAUCUUUAUGAAUACACUAAAAUAUCUCCAAAUUCAUGACUAUCUCCUAGAUGUGGAUUUGUGGAAGCUCUUUGCAAACCUGGAGGAGUUAACUCAGACAAGUCUUGGCUUUGUGAACAGUCUUCUCGGCAUCAUCAAGGACUAUGUGAAUGCUUCUGGGACUUCACCGUUGAUGGAUUUCCUUUCUGUGCUCACAAAGUAUUUCCAAGGGACCCUCUGCCAGAGCCACCAGACCUACUGCCUGAAUUACUCUGCUGCUGUAUUUUAUCUGGAGAUCCUGAGGCAAAGAGACGACUUCCGCAUUUAUUUAAAGUGGUGUGAGCAAAAUGAACAGUGCAGACGGCUUCAUCUGCCUGAACUACUAGUGGCUCCACUGCACAGACUCACCCGCUAUCCCUUAUUGCUGAAGAAUAUCUGGAAAAGGAGUACAGACUCCACUGAGAAGAUCAUGAUCUAUUCCAUCAAGGAAAAGGUGGAAAAGUCAAUUCGGGAUCUUGAAGGAAAAGUGAAGUGGCUUGACAAUUUCCAAAAGUUUAGACAUCUACAGGAGAUUAUAGUGUGGCCUCCACUUUGGGAUAGAGAUAGAAGGUUUUUCAUUCCAGAGGGGUUGAAACACAAUUUUAAAGAACACAUGACAGAAAAUGUCUUGUCACCAAGCAACAGGCACCUUCUCUAUGAAGGAAAAUUAACUCUUGCAGAAAGCACAAGAUCCCUUGAUGCCUAUCUGUUUCUCUUUGAUGAUUUCCUCUUAAUUACGAAAACUAAGCGCAACAAAAAGAAACUUGGAAGCUCAGAUUCUGGUUUAAUGUGUCCUUCACUUACUCCUGAGCUACAAACUGUAAUAAAAGAGGGAGGCUCAUGCACAGUGCUUGAUCAGCCCAUUCCACUAGACAGAUUGGUUGUCAAGAGUGUUGACCCCCUCCACGUGUCAGUCUUUGGGCUGAGAAAUGCUUUUCUUAUACAACAUGAAAACCGGUAUCGACAGUGUAUAGCAGCAUUCUUAUUACAAGCCCAAACGGAAAAUAUCAAAAAAACAUGGAUAGCACAAAUAACCACAGCAAUCUCUGGCUUCAUGAAGAGUCAAGAAACCAAGAACAUCUCUUCAUUUACACUGCCUUCAGAAUCCUCUGAAAUUUAGAGACCUAAAAUAAGUGGUAUAUCUUUUUAGAGGUUAGGGAUUAUGGUAUUUGCUCAUUUAAACUUUUCAAAAACAUUUGCCUAGGGAUGAAUGGAAGGAAAUGGGCACUGUAAAUGCAUUCCAGAAUUUGAGAAUUUGAGCCAGGA